ACCCUCUGCAUUUAACUCUUUUCCCCUCUUUCUCUCUCUCUCUCUCUCCCCCCGCCAUUUCCAUUUCAUUUUAUUUCCACUCUUACAUUCAAACCUUCUUUCACUUUGUCUUAACUCCAGAAACAGUGAGUUUUAGAGGGAAUGAUGGAUGGUAGAGGAGGGUGUUGCAUCGCCAGAUAUGCAACUGGUACUGCACCUCAUGUGUCCACCACUGUAGACAAAAUAAUGCUCAGGUUUCGCCCCAUAGCACCCAAACCCGUCGCCGGAACCACCGCUUCUGACGGUUCUUCCUCUGAGAGCAGUGACGCCUUCUUCAAAGCCCCAACCACCAAAAGAAAGUACGCAAGAGAUAACACCACCACCCGAAAACAAAGAAACCGUAGAAGGAAAACCACCUCUUCCCCGGAACAGAAAAAUCCGGUGCCGGUUGUCACUCUCCCCUUGCUGCCGGAAACUCCCGAUCCAAAGGAAUCUCCGGCGAGGAAUCUAACUCCUGUACCAAAGGAAGUGCUUAAUAACAACAACAAGAAGAACAUGCCGGUGUGGUUGAGUUUCGAGAACCAAGCGAAGGUGGAAUCCUAUUGGUACUUUGGCGCGAUGGAUCAGACAGCUAUGAGGUUGGGAGGGUGGUGUUCGUGUGUGACAGUGGAGUGCGUGACGGACACGUGGGUGGAUGGCGAGGGAUUGGGGAGUACGGAUGAGGAACGAAGGGUGAAGCUGAGCAAGGACACGUGUCCGGGGUUUAUAUCAGACGGUUACGGGAGGGUGACGUGGACGAACGAGGCGUAUGGGGAGAUGAUGGGGCAUAACGGGGAGAGAGAGGGAAUGGCAGUGCUGUUGGUGAUGAAGGAGGGUGCAGUGGUCCCUUACUCGUCCUUCACGUGCAGGGUGAGGGUGGUGCAGUAUACGUGCGGGAGGGAGAGGAACUCGCUCACCGUGCCCUGCGACGUGUGGAGGAUGGACUCGGGCGGCUUUGCAUGGAGAUUGGACGUUAAGGCUGCACUUAGCUUGAGAUUGGGUUGACACAUGGUUUCAAUUAUCGAAGGUAUCACAAACUCACUAAACGGUGGUGGUGUCGUUACUUCCAUGGUCGUAAGAGUAUAACUAUUUCUUUUGCUGCUGAUCUCGAAAGAUCUUCUUUAAAAGUGCUAAGAACUGUGAAUAUAUAUAACUACCCGCCGGGGCUAGCCUACUGCCUGAUUGUAAAUUAAUGCAUGUACUUUUGUUAUCGGGAGUUGUCUUUGGUUCCCAUAAAUCCUAGCUAAAAUAUUGGCUUUUGGAUUUGAGUUUGAGCUUGGAACAGUUAAUGAGUUACUAAUGAAUAUCUAGCCACUGGUACUGUGUUCAUGUUUCCUAAACACCAAUGGUUUAAUAUAAGUUCUCUGUUAUGUGCCAUGCUGCCUUAUGCCUUGUAUAUAUCAGAUCU